AUGUCUGAAAGCUCCAGGAAAUUUGCGGGCGGAAGAGAGACGCUCUCGUCGUUACAAAAUGCAGCGCAGAAUAAGGAUGUCUUGACCAGAAUCCAGUCCGGUACUGGGAAAUGGUUCCUCACCUCUCAGCAAUAUGUGAAUUGGCGAGAGUCAACUCGCAGCACGCUUUUCUGCCCUGGUCUUCCAGGUGGAGGCAAGACCGUCAUUGCUGCAUCUAUCAUAGAUGAUUUACUGUAUAAAUUCGAGACAGAGGACAGACUCGGUGUCGCGCUCAUAUACUGCAGUUAUAAAAGACAGCAUGAGCAAAGUGUCGAGGCUUGUAUGGCUAGUCUGCUCAAACAACUUGUCCAGCAAUUACCCAAGAUGCCCCCGACUAUACGCAAUUUGUAUCAUCGGCGGCAGGAUCGAAGGGAACUGGGGUUACACAGAGUGUGA